UUUUUUCAUUAUGUCUGUGAUUUCAGAUCUCAUCAAUCUCAAUUUAUCUGAAUGCACGAAGAAAAUUAUUGCCGAAUACAUAUGGAUUGGUGGAUCAGGCACGGAUCUCAGGAGCAAAGCCAGGACUCUUUCAGGUCCUGUUAAGGAUCCUUCAGAGCUUCCGAAAUGGAACUAUGACGGUUCUAGCACCGGGCAAGCUUCUGGAGAAGACAGUGAAGUGAUCCUACAUCCUCAAGCAAUUUUCAAGGAUCCAUUCAGGAGAGGCGACAAUAUUUUGGUCAUGUGUGAUGCUUACACUCCAGCUGGUGAUCCCAUUCCAACAAACAAGAGGCACAAUGCAGCCAAGAUAUUCAGCAACCCUGUUGUUGCUGCUGAAGAACCAUGGUAUGGUAUCGAGCAAGAGUACACUUUGCUGCAGAAAGAGGUUAACUGGCCUCUCGGAUGGCCUAUUGGAGGGUUCCCUGGACCUCAGGGACCUUACUACUGUGGAACUGGAGCUGCCAAUGCUUUUGGACGCGAUAUAGUUGACUCACAUUAUAAGGCAUGUCUUUAUGCUGGAAUUAACAUCAGCGGUGUCAAUGGGGAAGUGAUGCCUGGACAGUGGGAAUUCCAAGUUGGUCCUGCUGUAGGUAUCUCAGCUGGUGAUGAGGUGUGGACUGCACGUUACAUUCUCGAGAGGAUUGCUGAGGUUGCUGGAGUUGUUGUUUCAUUUGACCCGAAGCCUAUCCCUGGUGAUUGGAACGGUGCCGGUGCACACGCAAACUACAGUACCAAGUCUAUGAGGGAAGAUGGAGGCUAUGAAAUCAUCAAAAAGGCUAUUGAGAAGCUUGGAUUAAGGCACAAAGAGCACAUUGCUGCUUAUGGUGAAGGCAAUGAACGUCGUCUCACUGGAAAACAUGAAACAGCUGACAUCAACUCCUUCAAAUGGGGUGUUGCCAAUCGUGGCUGCUCGGUUCGUGUAGGCAGAGAUACAGAGAAGGCAGGGAAGGGAUAUUUCGAGGACAGGAGGCCUGCUUCGAACAUGGACCCCUACAUUGUUACAUCCAUGAUUGCUGAGACCACAAUUGUCUGGAAACCUUAAGCUGUUCAUUAGUGUCUCGCUAUGUUUGCUCGAACCCU